UCUCUCUGUGCAAAAAAAAAAAAACUAUAGUUGGUGUUAAUGGAGGAAAUCGAGCAUAUGAUAGUGGAGGAGUUCAAGGAAGAAGACUUCUACGAGACGAUACAAGCACCCAAGUUUGUUGACCUUACCUCCCCAGACCAUCAUCUCCCAGAAGGAGACGAUCGUUACUGGUUCUGUUCCAGAGUCGGAUGUGAUCAGAAACAUGAAGAGUUUAUGGAUUCGGAAGCCAUCUACAAAAGAUUCGUUCUUCGGGUAAUGGCAGCGAGGAGUCCAAGUGUUCGUCUUCGUAAAGCUCUGUACAGAAAGGACUUCAGUGUUGAUCCUAAAUGCCCCGACACGGUUCCUGCAAAGCCUUCAAGAUCACGCGUCUCUAGAUUGGCUAUGAUCUCAUCUAUUCCUCACAAGCCUAAUGGUUGCACUAUGAGACCAAAAGAAGUAUCCACAAACAAGGCAUUAACUGAGCGAAAGAAGCAAACGCAUAAGAGUCCAGCUGGUUUUAGGAGCGUUCAGGAUCCGAGAGCUGCAUCUACUACUACUAGAGCGUUGGAAAACAGAGUAGUUGUUGCUAAGUCUUUGGUGUUUGCUUCCCCAAAGAAGCUGGUUAGAUUGAAGACUAACAUAGACGAUCAACCCCAAGCCAGAGAAGAUCCUGCUUCAGUAAAGGAGAGUGGACUACAUACAUCAAAGCAACUUCAUAUUGAAGGAAAGGAAAAUGCAUUACCUUUGGAGUGUGAUGACAACGAAAAUGUUACAAAUGCAAAACAAAGGGAUGACAAGGAAAACUCUUCAGACAGGAAAGUCUUUGGCAAUAAAGAGACUUGCGAAACCACUCAAAAGGCGAUGACAAUAAUAGCGGAUAACUGUUUUAAUGGCAAGACUGUUUCGGCUAAUAAUACCCGCGUCAAGUAUAAUACAAAGCCUAAGCUCACGAUUCCAAAGCCUUUCAGACUAAGAACCGAUGAAAGAAGUAUCCUCAAGGAAUCAAACAUGGAGAACAAACCACAACUUGUUCUCGUCGAAGAAGAAGAAACUACAAACAUUCUCGGCUUCCAUGGUGAAAACUUGGGUCCAAAACAUGAGCCAGUUCGACUGGAGAAGAACACAAAUUUUAGGUCAAAGCAUAUUAGAGCACUUGUUAGAAACGAUGCCUCUGGCGAUUUGGUGAACUGCAAGAGGGUUGUUGCAUCAGGUACAAAGAAGCAAGUGGGAAGCAAAAGAGUUGUAACCAUGGAGGAAACCACCUCGGUGAUGAAUGGAGAAUCUACGGAAGGUGCAAUCGUCAAAAAACCUUCUGUUGCUUCAGGGGAGAAAAGACCUUUAACUGUCCCAAAGGGACCAAACUUCCAUUGCAUUCAUGUACCUAAGAGCUGUUGUUGUACAAAGAGAAUGGCAUCGCUUGUCUAAACUCUUCUGUUUAGUUCACACACGAGAGAGUGUUGUAAUAUUGGUUUGAUCUUUGAAAACUAACAGAAGUGAGUUUGUUUUAGUGUGUAUAAAAAAAGACUCACUUUGAUCGUUA